AUGGACGGGGCCAUGUACCGUCAGAUCUUGGGUGAGAACCUCCUUCCCUCAGCCAGGGCAUUGACAAUGGAUCCUGGAUGGGUGUUCCAGCAUGACAAUGACCCCAAACACACGGCAACAAAGGAGUGGCUCAAGAAGAAGCACAUUAAGGUCCUGGAGUGGCCUCGCUCUCCAGACCUUCAUCCCAUAGAACAUCUGUGGAGGGAACUGAAGGUUCCAGUUGCCAAACGUCAGUCUCGAAACCUUCAUGACUUGGAGAAGAUCUGCAAAGAGGAGUGGGACAAAAUCCCUCCUGAGAUACAGUGUGUGUUAUCUCUCUGCAGCCCAACCCCCAUGUACCCCCCCUCAUACCUGGAGCCUGGAAUAGGGAGACACACACCAUACGGGAACCAGACAGACUACAGGAUAUUUGAGCUCAACAAACGGCUACAGAACUGGACAGAGGAAUGUGAUAAUCUGUGGUGGGAUGCGUUCACUACAGAGUUCUUUGAGGACGAUGCCAUGUUGACCAUAACCUUCUGUCUGGAGGAUGGGCCCAAGAGAUACACGAUUGGCCGGACGUUGAUCCCGCGGUACUUCCGGAGUAUAUUCGAGGGGGGCGCCACCGACCUCUACUACGUGUUGAAGCACCCCAAAGAGUCCUUCCACAACAACUUCGUCUCGCUGGACUGUGACCAGUGUACCAUGGUUACGCAGAACGGAAAACCCAUGUUCACACAGGUGUGUGUGGAGGGUCGUCUGUACCUGGAGUUCAUGUUUGACGACAUGAUGAGGAUCAAGACGUGGCACUUCAGCAUCCGACAGCACCGUGAACUGAUACCACGCAGUAUACUGGCCAUGCACAUGUUAGACCAGCUGGCCCAGGACCCCCAGAUGUUAGACCAGCUGUCUAAGAACAUCACCAGAUGUGGACUGUCUAACUCCACCCUCAACUACCUCCGACUGUGUGUGAUUCUGGAGCCCAUGCAGGAGCUGAUGUCCAGACACAAGACCUACAGCCUCAGCCCCAGGGACUGUCUCAAGACCUGCCUCUUCCAGAAGUGGCAACGCAUGGUGGCCCCACCAGCUGAACCAGCCAGACAGGCCCCUAAUAAGAGGAGGAAGCGUAAGAUGUCAGGCGGCAGCACCAUGAGUGCCGGAGGAGGAACCACCAACAACAACAACAAGAAGAAGAGUCCAGCUAGCAGCUUCCCCCUGUCCAGCCAAGUACCAGACGUUAUGGUGGUGGGAGAGCCCACCCUGAUGGGAGGGGAGUUCGGGGACGAGGACGAGCGCCUGAUCACGCGGCUGGAGAACCAACAGUUCGACGCGGCCAACGGCAUCGAUGACGAGGACAGCUUCAACAACAGCCCCGCGCUGGGCGCCAACUCUCCCUGGAACAACAAGGCCCCAUCCAGCCAGGAGAGCAAGAGUGACAACCCUACGUCUCAGGCCUCACAGUAGAGGAGGGCAGGGAAGGGAGGGGCUUCCAUAGUCUUAAAGGGGUUUCCUCUCCUUGUGGGUGUGUGUCAAUUGUCUAGUGGCUUCCUGACUGUUCUUAUCUUAUCCUCUUAAAGGGGCAAUCCGCAGUUGGAAAAAUAACUUAGUGUCACCUCUACCUCCUGUUUUAGUAAAAAGCUGAGGGAUGGGCCUGGAGAAGUGUAACCACUCUAAAAUUCAUAGACCGCUAUGGGUACAAGGACUGACCAUCCAAGAUAUAACAAACAUAUAUAUAUAUAUAUAUAGUUUUAAGCAUGUUUUGAGGCUAUCCAGUUUUCCAUUAGAUGGUUACAGAGUAAACCACGUUGAUACUGUGGGUUGUGACGGGUGCGUCAGUUGAUUUAAGACCCUGAGACAUUUAAAGGUUAUAUAUUCCUCAACAAUCAACAGGUACAUAUCAUUCAUUUAGACGUCCAGACAAUGUGGCUGUAGGGACUACGGAUUGCCCCUUUUCUAAUAGGGAUUUGUCCUGUGGAGUAGACGGAGGAUCCCAUUGGUUGAUAAGAGGUUUCCUUUCCCUGUCUACCUUCCUACAUCAGUUCUGAUAUGAGAGCUUGGUAGGUGACAGGAAAUGACUGAGAGCUAUUACCUAUAGGGGCCUCCUCCAGACCUGGCUCUCCUAGCUGGUCUUUUAAGGAGAGACCUGAGGAGAGGGAAGACGCUUGGGACAGUUGAGAUGCACCCAGGUAGGGGUGCAGGAAGGGGUGGUGGGGUAGGGAGAGGGCGGCUGAGCGGGGGAGGGGGACACGAGGACGACUCACACAUCUACCUUCAGAAGAAUCAUGGUCACUAGAUAUGGAGUCUUAACUCUGGUCCACUCUGCUGCUGCACUGUGUGUGUGUGUGUGUGUGUGGCUGUUACUUGGUCAGAACUAAAGCCUGGACUGUGCCAAAGCUAGCGGACCGGAGUUGAGAUCCAAUCAGUUUAAAAUGCUUUCUCACACACACACACACACACACACACACACACACACACACACACACACACACACACACACACACACACACCAUUGAAGGAGCACUGAUCCAACCUUUUAACAGAAAGCAUUUAAACAACAACAACAUUGUAGAGUUUUAUACCCGUCUCUAUUUCCCUAGAAUGUUUUUAUUUUAUUUUCUACUCCUGCAUUUCAAAUCUAAUUUUUAUUUGUCCUUUUUUACCGAUGAUAUUCAGAAGCUAACAGACCAAGGAGCCAGAAAACAGGACUGCUGUUAUUCUACCCUCCCCCCUGACUAAAUAUAUUUGGUCUGUUUUAAUAUCUUUUAUGUUUUAAAGAGAAAUAAUUGUGGAUGUUUUUCUGUUUUUUGAGAUAGAUUUUCUCCUGGUUUUUAGUGUAUUUGUGCUUUGUAUAUUUAAGGUAGUAGCAACGCUCUGUACGACUGUAUUCUGACUGGUUCCUGAAGCCAUUCUGAUCUAAUGGAAAGAAAUGAAAUGAAAAAGAAAUGGACAAAAAGAAGGAAAAAACACAUGAACCUCUUAACCAAUCCCGUCUCUCCAUUUACAUCUCUCAACCAAUCCCGUCUCUCCAUUUACAUCUCUCAACCAAUCCCGUCUCUCCAUUUACAUCUCUUAACCAAUCCCCUCUCUCCAUCUCUCUCUCUCUCUUUACAGUGUCCAUCCUGAUCAUAACAGUGACUCCUCUCUCUCUCUCUCUCUCUCUCUCUCUCUCUCUCUCUUUCUCUCUCUAUUUUCUUCUUUCUUCUAAAUCUUUUUAACUUGUGUACAUUCAUUUAUAAAACCCUGGGGUACAGUCACCAUUGAGAAGACAAAACCCUGGGGUACAGUCACCAUUGAGAAGACAAAACCCUGGGGUACAGUCACCAUUGAGAAGACAAAACCCUGGGGUACAGUCACCAUUGAGAAGACAAAACCCUGGGGUACAGUCACCAUUGAGAAGACAAAACCCUGGGGUACAGUCACCAUUGAGAAGACAAAACCCUGGGGUACAGUCACCAUUGAGAAGACAAAACCCUGGGGUACAGUCACCAUUGAGAAGACAAAACCCUGGGGUACAGUCACCAUUGAGAAGACAAAACCCUGGGGUACAGUCACCAUUGAGAAGACAAAACCCUGGGGUAAAGUCACCAUUGAGAAGACAUGUUUGCAUCUUCAAGUUCAGCAGAUUUAUUUUUUUCAUUUCAUUUUUCUAUUUAUUUUUAAUGAAAUAUCAGAUAUACGUUCUGUUUCUCCCCCCCCGUUACACACUCAUCCUAAAUGUACACUACUAUUAGCAAAUAAGCUAAUGAUCUAGUGCUGUUUAAAACGUCUGAACAGACAACCUGACAUCAUUCAUCCACCCAUGUGUCCCAAAUGGCACCCUAAUCCCUAUCAAAUUAUGGUCGAAGGUAGUGCACUACAUACAGAAUAGUGUCAUUCGGGACGCAACCCCAACUAGUUAUUAAUGUUUACCUGAAGUCGUAAGGGUUGUAUGUAUUUCCAAUACCUGUGUUGUAUAGGCUUGAUCUGUAAUAUUGAGUCUGUUGCGCAUGUGUUUGGUAAUACCUUCAAUUCUCACAAGGGGGCGCUGUUAGAGUAUCACAAAUAAGAUCAUUUCCUAACUUUAUAGAUCCAGUUCAACCAUGUGCAGUGAUAUGAUCUGCCUCCCCGGAGCACCCUAUGUAGUGCAGUACUUUAGUUCAGGGCCAAUGUGAGAGCAGGGGGCCAUUUGGGACAUGGCCCAUGUUAUUUAGUUCUGUAAAUGUUGUUCCAGCUCUGUCGACUACAUUGUGUACGUUUUCAGUACAGCUCUGGCUGUAACAGAGAGAAUAUGUCCCAUAUGGCACCCUAUUCCCUACAUAGAGCACUACUAUAGACCAGGACCCAUUGGCCCUGGUCAAAAGUAGUGCACUAUAAGGGAACAGGAGGCCAUUUUGGAUGCAAGCCUAGAAAAAGGUGACUGGUACCCUAAACCAACCCUGUAGAAAAAGCCUUGUUUGAUAUUUUGGUUAGUUUUUUUGCCCUUGAUACUUAUUGAUGAAUUGAUUAAUGUAUGGUACCAAUAAAAAUAUACAUUUUCACUUUAAAAUGAA